AUGGAAACCUUAUCACAGAUUUGUUUGUUAUCCAAAUUCUCGCAUUGAAUCAAUAUCCUCCCUUAUUACUCAGGGUAUGCAGGGUGCCAACACUUGAUGGUCAGCUUGUGUAAAGCAACUAGGCAGUGCUGGUUGAAGAACAAAAAUGCCUUUAAGAAAAGUGUUACAAACAAGAGUCUAAGAUUAAUUGUAAAAUCAGAAGAAGACCUUCAAACCUUCAGAACAAUUAUCGAAACAGAGCAAAUCCCUGACUGAAAGGAGAUAGAAGUCUGUUGGUGGGAGGAACUACAUCCUGAGGCUUUGCAGGAGUUCAUUGAGCAAGUCAAGAGCAAGAUCAGGGGGUGCCAGGUCAAGUUUUCUUUAGAUUAUUCAAAGAUAAUAACUCAGUAUCAUAAGUAUUCGAUUCUAAAGACAACAGAGUACUUGCCAAAUUUCAUCAAAGCUGUACCUCAAGCUAGGAAUAACCUCAAGGUCGAAGUCGUGGGAGAGAGAUAUGCUAGUUUGGGAGCCUUGAAAUGGUCCCUUAAGCACCUCUUGAGUAAAUAUAAUGGCGAUGAGGAAAAGGAAGGAGUCCAUGAAGAAAGCAAACUAUCAGCAGACAAUCAGCUUACUUUUGUUACUCUUUGAGCUGAUAUUCCCCAAGAGUGUAACCAUUUGAACUUACUAGACUCAUUUAAUAUCAACAGUGAAACCAGCUGCCCAUUUCAGUCAGUCAAAAUUGUUUCAAUAGAGUUUGGCGAGAGAAUUUUUAAUGCAUGCCAUUUAACACUAUCAAACAGCUUGCUGAUUUGGUACGAUCCAUCCAAAAAGGAAUACAUUUGUUUCAAGGCAAGGGAAAUUGAAAUAGGGUUCAAAGACAGAAAAUAUUUGUACUCAAAGGAAGGUUUCCUCUACUUUGAGAAACUCUCUUUCUGUAGAAUUGAAACCACUGAGAUCACUGAAAAAUUCAAUGACUUGAAAGGGAUCUUCAAAACUACUAGAGAGUCCUACUCGGCCAAGUUAGAGUACAUGAUUCCGAAUGAUUCUAUGGCUUGUCUGCCAGAACAUUGUUUGGAAGAGAUCAACCUUGUACAUAAGGAGAAUCCAUAUAUCCCAAAUCUGAGUUGUCCUAGGGUGACAGCCAGGAUUUCGUAUAACUUUAGAAAGAGAGAAUGCAAGCUAAUUUUAGACUAUCUUAGAAUGCUUCCAAAGUCUACAUUCCUCACAGUUGUAGUCUACAUGAUGGGUCCAUGCAGAUACUCUUGGGUCCUUGACACCUUGAAAGAGGUAUUCAAAGUUAAGGCUUUGAAGGAGGUCAAGUAUAUUAGAUAUUGUGAUGCUUUCAAUUUUUCUAAGGGAAUAGAGUUUAAACCUGUAAUCCUCAAACCAAACAGUAAAGAACUUAAGCUCCUUGAAGAGAUACUUGAGAGCAAAUUUGAGAAAUUUGAUGAUGAAACUUGCUUUAAAAUUCAAGAAGAGAAAGAACCAACUGAACUCGAGAAGUUGAUCCAGAAGCCAAAAUUACCUAGAAAGAAAUAAGUUAAUAUAUUCUUAGAUUCAGAUUGUUG